CCAUGCGCGCGCUCCGUCCUCACAGAUUAGGGACUUCCAUCCAUCCCUCUAACCGUCCUUCCCACCCUCAGCCCCAAACCAGAACCCGAAGUGUUUGAUGCACAAUCUAAGGAGAUGCUGGAGUCCGGUGGCGGCGGCGCGCGCGCGCUGAAGGAGGGCGCGCUGGAGAAGCGCAGCGAGGGUCUGCUGCAGCUGUGGAAGAAGAAGCGCUGCGUGCUGACCGAGGAGGGACUGCUGCUUCACCCACCCAAACACCACAGCCACGACACCGGCUGCAAGGCGAAGGAGCUGCACUUCGCCAACAUGAAGACGGUGGAUUGCGUGGAGCGCAAGGGCAAGUACGUGUACUUCACGGUGGUGAUGUCCGAGGGCCGAGAGAUCGACUUCAGGUGCCCGCAGGACGAGGGCUGGAACGCGGAGAUCACGCUCCAGAUGGUCCAGUACAAGAACCGCCAGGCGAUCCUGGCCGUCAAGUCCAGCCGACAGAAGCAGCAGCAGCUGCUCAUGGUCUCCGCGCAGAAGAUGCUUCGAAACUCGCAGUGAGAGCCGUGGAGAUCCAGGGACGUGUUCCCUCGCGAGCGUCGCUUUUUAUUAGUGUCACCUUGUGCACUUGGACGCGCGCGCGGACGCUCUUCAUGCACUGAAAGACAUCACGUCUGAAUAAGCACCGGGAAUAUCUCCUCGGAGACUGUACGGGGGGCCGGGGCAAGUUGUCACAGCGAGGUUCAGAGCCAAAAGUCAAUUUGCAUGAACGCUCGUAUAUUGUCCAGCUGGG